CGAUACGCACUCUCAUGGUAUUUUUCUUCUAUCACAUCCCCACGGCCGUGGUUUCCCUUCUCUCCAAAAGCAUAUCCAUCACGUUGAGCUUCUCAUCUUUGCUCCUCAUCACGGUUUUCCUCUCGCUCUGUGCCUACUUCGUGGUGCGCUACCGCUACCUCUCGGUAUACUCGCGGCUUACUGACGACCCCAAGCCGAAUGAGGCAAUCGAGAUGAUGCUCGAUCCAAAGUUGCAGUCGCAGGCGAGGCCCUCGGGGUAUCUUGAUGAGUUCUUGGCCGCCAUCAAGGUGUUUGGCAACUUGGACAAGCAGGUCUCUCACGCCCUCACAAAGAACAUGACCACUCAGCGUUUGGAUGCGGAUGAAGUGUUAUUCCUCGAUGAUCGCUUGGGCUUUGCUGUGCUUAUGGAGGGCCAUAUGCUGGUUUACUCUAAGCGCAGCGCCCCGAGGCAAUCGUCCAAGAGAGACGCAAACAUCCUCACCCUCAACUGUCAGACGUACCAGUUGUUGAACCAGGUUAAGAGCGGAAACCCGCUUUCAUCGUUGUUUGGGAUCUUGACCUUAUUCACGCAAUUUGGGACUGUCCGUUCCGGGCUUCAGUCACCCAUGAGUAGUGGGGGUUCCCCUCGGCCAUCCCUCUUUAGAACCUACACUGAUAUGGCGCAAUCCGGUCCCGAAGACUUAAGCCCGGGUAAUCCAGAACUUCCGAGUGAUGUCUACCCUGAUAUCAUAGCCAAAGCAACCACUGAUUGCACUAUUGCGAUCAUCCCUGCAGACGCUUUCCGCCGCUUGUUCCUCAACCACCCCAAGGCCAGCGCCCAGAUCGUCCAGAUGAUUCUCACCCGGUUGCACCGCGUGACAAUGCAGACGGCACACAACUAUUUGGGCUUGACGGCCGAGAUAUACGAAACAGAAGCAAGGUUAAACAGCUCCGGGGCGUUUCAGCUUCCGUCGUAUCUCCACAACAGCGUGGUUCAGAAGUUUGACCGUCUUCACGGAUCGUCUUCUGAUUUGUUCAAGCAAUCUACCUCUCCUCCAGCGUCGAGAAUUGCGAGCCCCCACUUUGAGACCGACGUCAUUCCCAGGGGCCCUCCCAAGGUGUUUGCUCCUAAUAAAUCCCGCCCCCACAUCCGCAGGAACCAGUCUCGCCACGUGAUUCUUGGGAGCCGGAAGACCACCAAUCCCGGAGACUUGCUCUCCAAUGUACCUUUGUCGCGUAAAGAGUUCACGGCUGAUGUGAGUGAAAAGGAGGUACGGAGCCGGAUGUUCUCUGCGGACGAAGAAACCGAGGAGACAUCCUUGCGGAUUGCCAUCAUCGAAGCGAUGCUCAGCCUCUUGGGUAUCAAGAGCGAGCACUGCCUUCUGCGGAAGGGCUGUACGGGCUCGAGCACCGGCUUGAUGGCCCUUGGUAAUGUCAUUGGAGGCCAGGUAGAGCUUCCUUUCUCGACCGUCUCACCCGCCCAUGUCAAGUUCUUCAUUGACUCAGCCUCUGAUAAGGAGGAGGAUGAACUGCUGGUCUUCGAGGCCAUCACCAGGGAGUUUGCGGGGUACUUGGAUCUUGUCUUUAUCAGGGCUGGAACCACGUUGAUCCGGGAGAAGGAGACAAACAAGGGUUUAUACUUUGUCAUUGACGGUCAUUUGGGGGUUUCAUAUAUUGACAGUGAUGGAGAUGAAAACUAUUUGCACUCUGUAAAGGCUGGGGGGUUGGCUGGAUACAUUGGGACAAUCGUGGGCCACAAGUCGUUUGUUUCCGUCAAGGCCACCACCGAUGCGUAUGUUGGGUUUUUAUCCAGCGACCGCUUCGAGCGCUUGACGGACAAGCACUACAUUCUCCAGAUACCGCUUGCCAAGCAUCUAGUGGGGCUUUUCUCGCGGGAAAUCUUGGAAAUUGACUUUGCAUUGGAGUGGAUCCACUCGCUGGCUGGGGAGAUGCUUGCGCAGCAGGGUGAUAUGGCCAACGGUAUCUAUGUUGUUCUCAAUGGCCGGUUUAGGGCGAUUCAGGAGGAUGAAAAGGGAAAUCCUUCGGCCUUGGGGGAGUUUGGCCAAGGUGAAUCCUUAGGGGAAAUUGAGGUAUUGACAGCUUCUAAGCGGGCCUCGUCGUUGGUUGCGGUGCGCGACUCUGAAUGCGCGCGGAUUCCGCGCUUUUUGUUUGAGAUUCUCGCCAUCCAACACCCCUCGAUAAUGAUCAAGAUCUCGCGGAUUGUGGCGCUCAGGAUGCAAAGUCUGAUCAGCCCUCUGCUCCAUCUGACGGUGAAGGCGACCCAUAAUGGAAACUACCGCACCAUCACGGUAUUGCCCAUCACGGAUGGCUUACCUGUGGCUGAAUUCGCCGACAAGUUGGUGACUAGCUUAAAAUCUGUCAACCGCUCGGUAAUUGCCUUAAACCAGGCAUCCACGUUACACCAUCUCGGCAGGCGAGCCUUCGACCGGUUAGCCAAGAUCAAGCAGACCAACUACCUCUGCGAGCUUGAGGAAAAGUUUCAGAUCGUCGUCUAUGUCACCGACACGCCGGUCAGCUCGCAGUGGACCAAAACGUGCAUCUCUCAAGGCGAUUGCAUUCUCCUCUUGGCCGAUGCGCGUGCGGAACCGAGCGUGGGCGCGUAUGAACGGCUCUUGGUGAAAACGCGUGCAACAGCCAAAACGGACUUGAUCUUGUUGCACCCAGAACGCAGCGUGGAUCCAGGUUCGACCAUGAAAUGGUUGCAAAACCGUCGCUGGAUCGACUCCCAUCACCACGUCCAGAUGGCGGUAGACCACAAGGCGGUGACAGACGCCUUGAAUCUCCGCCACAUCCAGUCCACCACGCGGAUUCUCUCCAGCCUCAACUUUGCGGACCUCCGCUCCAAAGUCAACUUGUUGAUUAAGCAGGAUAUCUUCAAAAUCAGUCGCACCCGAAACUACUACGCCCCCGCACAGAUCCACAAAUCCGACUUCCUUCGCUUGGCACGCAUUCUCUCGGGCCAGGCAGUGGGCUUGGUGCUCGGUGGCGGUGGCGCGCGCGGGAUCUCCCACGUAGGAGUCAUCAAGGCCUUGGAAGAGAAAGGAAUUCCGAUCGAUCUCAUCGGAGGAACUUCCAUGGGCUCGUUUGUGGGCGGGUUAUACGCGCGUGAUUACGAUUUGGUGAGCAUCUUUGGGCGUGCAAAGAAGUUCUGCGGCCGAACUUCGUCGCUCUGGCGAAACCUCUUUGACUUGACCUAUCCCGUAACGUCCUAUGUCACGGGACACGAGUUUAACCGCGGUAUUUGGAAGGCGUUUGGAGCGUCGCGUAUUGAGGACUUUUGGAUCAGCUACUUUACCAACUCCACAAACAUUACCAACUCGGUCAUGGAGAUCCAUACCUCGGGCUACGCCUGGAAGUAUAUUCGUGCGUCCAUGUCGUUAGCGGGUUUACUCCCACCAAUCACAGAUAAGGGCUCCAUGUUGCUAGACGGGGGGUAUCUCGACAACUUACCCGUGGUGGAGAUGCAGAACCGUGGUGCCACCAUCAUCUUUGCCGUGGAUGUGGGUUCGGUGGACGACAGAACGCCCAUGACCUAUGGUGAUACUUUAAACGGGUGGUGGGUCUUGUUCAACCGCUGGAAUCCGUUCUCAAAGCAUCCGAACGUCCCGAGCAUGGCGGAAGUCCAGAUGCGGUUGGCCUACGUUUCGUCCGUCAAUGCAUUGGAAAUUGCAAAGAACACCAAGGGAAUUGUCUACCUCCGGCCUCCAAUCGAUAAUUACGCCACCUUGGAUUUCGGUAAGUUUGACGAAAUCUACCAUGUCGGUGAGAUCUAUGCCAGAAACCAGUUGGCCAAGUUGGAGAGCAACGGAAAGUUGCCUGUCAUUCCGGGGGUAUUCGAGGGGGUCGAGGAGCUGCGGUUGAGGGAAAGAUUUCAACGGAGAAAUUCAAUGUAGCACUCUUGUUUGUCCUUCUAUUGCUAUCAAAAGUAUCUGUGUUUUUACUGAAAACUAGAUAUUAUCGUAAGCAUUAGCUCAGAAAAGCCCAUGGGAAAGGAUUGGGUGGGAUUCACAAAGCUAUAUCGUAGGGUUACUGUGUAUGAACGAAGAAAAAGCCACAAUCACUCUUAUUAAUCCUUACAAUAUUGAUUCUUCGUUUUAUGUUUUAAGAACAACUUCAAAUUAAACUAUCCAUUGGAUAAUAAACUCGU